UCAGCUGUAGCCUAGUCCAUUCUAUCGUACUCCAUGCCUUGCCUUCUUUGCGCAUGUCUCUUUUUCUCCACCUUUAAAAUCAUCAGGAAGUAGGGAGGUAGGGAGGCGACCGGACAAAUACAAUGCUCUCAGAAACUGGGAAAGACAAUCCGAAGGCAGAUUAUCUCCGAUCCUACGCGAGCUAUUGCCCUGACUCCCCCGUCCCCUCUUCUCCGGAAGCCGGGCAGCUAAGCAGGAGGCGGGGCACCCAGACUACGAGCGGCAGCAUCCUCCCGGAGGAGAGCGCCAGCAUCCAGCCCCUGGUCUCCGCAGCCGCGGCCGCCGCCUGCAUCAUGACAUCGGGGGAGCUGAUGCAGAGCGCCCCGCUGCUGGCGCACCGAUCCAAGAGGAGCCUGCUGUACAAGGCGCUCUGUUUCCUUCUGCUCGUCUUCCAGGGCGGCGUUCUGGACUUCUACCUCAUCAUCUUCACCGACUUGUACUGGUGUUCAUGGAUCGCCACGGACCUGGUGGUGAUCUCGGGCUGGGGGAUCUUCUUCAUGAAGAACGCGCGGAGCAAGCGGGAGCGGGCCUGCGGCUUCCACCAGAAGAGCUCCAUGUUCGGCUGCAAUCUCGGCGAGUUCACCUACGCCUACCUGGCCUGGCUCAUAUACGUCAUCGCCUGCACUCCUAAGGUGGUGCUCAUCCUGGAGACGUCCAUCCUGGACCUGAUCGAGCUCAAGGUUCCGUGCGGAAUGACUGGCUUCAAGAUCGUCAUGCUGCUGUCCGCGCCGCUGCUUUUCUGCCUCAUCAACUCCAUCACCGAGGACCUGAACGGGGCGACGCGGCACCGCUCCCACGGCUGCUUCAUGAGCACCUGCCUGGACCUGCUGGACAGCUUCACGCUGGUGGAGAUGCUGCUGAGGAACGAGAUCCCCGCCGUUUACCUCAAGUACACCGUGAUCUCGGUGUACUUCGUGGCGCUGGCCGUGCCGGUGGUCUGGCUCUACGAGCUGACGGCGGCGGAGCUGCGCUGCCGCUGGCUGUGGGCCCGCUUCUCCACGGGCCUGCUGGUCAACGCGCCCCUGCUGGUGGUGCGCUGUUUCCAGGUCUAUGUCUACAGGAUGCCGGUGUCAGUGUUCAUGCUCAAAAACAUCUUCUUCUUGGCAUGUAAGUUGCUGGAGCUGGUGGAGCAGUGUGUGGCGUUGCGGGGGGUCCGGAAGCUGGCCGGCGGCAGCAACCCGGCCCAGUUCUCCCACUGCGUGUCCGAGAACGACAUGUGUCCGCACGGGUACGUCAACACUCUGGCCGUGACCCAGUCAUAGAGCCAGCCUGGAGACCGGGAGCCGCUGCCUGUGUGGUGGCGGGAAAGUGGGGGAAUCGUGUUGCGUUCCAGACACAGCUGGGAAUGGUUAAAUUCAGAUUUGGUCCAAAUUACAAACCCAUGCAGCAGCUCUGGAUACAUGAUGACUUGGGGAAAAGAAAAGUUCAUCACAACAAACCUACAUGGAAGCUAUUUAGGCAACAGUGUUUCACCAUUUAUCAUUUACUCCUUUCAGUUAUAUUACUAGGUAAAAACCAAUUCUCAAGAUAGGCAAAACUUAAAGGGGUACUCCACCAAAAUUGCAAAAAUACACAUUUCUCAGUUACUUGUGAGAGAUAGAGGG